UAUGUUGUACUGUUAAGGCGUCUAAUGGAAGAGUUUAAAUGGGAUAAAAUAUCAAUGAUAACUCAUUCUAUGAGCUCUAUAAAUGGUUUCGUUUUUAGUGCUUUAUUUCCUGAUAAAGUUGAUAUGUUCGUUGGAUUAGAUGUCUUAAAGCCAAUUACAAGAAAUCCCGACAAAAUUGUUGAUUCAAUUUCAACACGUUUAGAAGAUUUUAUUAAAAUGGAAAAACGUAUGCGUAGUAAAUCAGAACCCCCUUGUUACGAAUGGGAACAACUUGUCGAACGUCUACAUAUCGGCACUGAGAAAUCUGUUUCAGUAGAGUCAUGUCAGUACUUACUUCAAAGGAAUUCAAAACCAUCACAACAUGAGCCUCAUAAGUAUUAUUUUGCGCGCGAUAGUCGUUUGAAAAGUUCGAUGUUUUAUCCAUUCUCGCGGGAAGUCCCAUUCGAGAUGGCGAAGCGUAUAAAAUGUCCACAUUUAUUUAUUAAAGCAUUAGGAGGUCCAUAUUACGAGCCAAAGGAGAACUAUGACGAUACACUUGAAAUAUUAAAGCAGAAUCCUCUAUUCGAAUAUCAUGAAGUGGAGGGCACACAUCAUGUGCAUUUAAAUAAUCCCGAAAGAGUAGCGCCUAUUAUAAAUGAUUUCAUUAGUAGAUGGAGGACGUAAAAUUAGUAAAAUUUCUUUUAAUUUUAAUUUGUUAUUAGACUUAGGCUAAUGUUUUGUUAACAAAGAUCUUGCAAGGACGUAAUUUAAAAAAAAUCUUAAAUAAGUAAUAAAUACAAAUCUUUAAUAUAAA